GUUUAUCUAUCAUUGCUAGUCGUUACUUCCCCACUAUUGAUUCCCUAAUUCAAGAAUAUUUGACCCCACAUAUUCUCUCUCUUCAACGACAACAACUAUCCGAAAGCUUUCUAUACGAUGCUUCUGAAAUAUCAUAUGAAUGGGAUAAUAAUAUACCAGAACCAACAGAUAUUAUAGAGAGUGGAUACCUGGAAGAUAAUUAUGAACGGUAUCAAAUAUGCCUUAAGGCAUUAUUACAACCCCUACAACGUGAAGAUGUCAUGCAGAUUUGGACUGUAAAUAUAUUAGUGAUAGUAUCUCCCACACAAUUAACUUUCGGCAUUUGUCUCAUUUCCGCACUCCAAAUUUAUUACAAAGACAUUAAUGAGUCGGAUAAUGACAGUUGGAAUACUGAUAAAAUAGAUGAGUUGCAAGAACCUGAUUUAUCAACAUGGAAUUUUGAUUAUUCACCAAAUUCUAGUCAUCUUUCAAAUUCCAGUUCUUCUGCCGUUAGUAAAUUAAAUAAUACAGAUGAUCUAUUUUCAGAAAUUAUUCAAUUAGGAAGCCGUGGUAAUAAAGAAACUGCAGAACAAGUAAAAUAUCGACUAGAAUUUGAAGAAUAUCCAAAAACAGCUUUAGAUGGAGUUGCUUGCAUUUACAAUAUAGCUGGCAUGGAUCUGAAGAAAGAAUAUGAUCGAUAUGAAAGAAAAGAAAGACAUAAUAGAAUG